UGAAGGUGUGUAGUGUGUCUGAGUGUGCUUCCCCUGUGCGGUCGCCUUCCUGCGCACAACUGAUAAAUCUAAGUGUAACAUCUCGCGCGUUACUAGUGAUUGUCAUGACUCCUACGUUUAAAACGUUACUCACCGGCUUGUGUUUAUUCACCUCCGUCUCUGCUACAGUACUCUUCUGCGUUUUGCACUGGCACCACACAAGCAGGACAGUGGACAAAAAGGUGGACAAACAAGUUUCCCACGGCGCCCUCAGUCCAACCAGGGAAGAGGCUUUUCGCAGAAAAGCUGUCAACGACGCAUCAGAAGUACCAGGAAAACUUUCUGCUCCAAGCACGAAUGCCAUAGUUCGUCACGCGAAUGAAGACUUAAUGGAAUGCUUUUCAGAAGGUACUAUCCCAGGAAUGAAAAACUCGUCAUGCAUCUGCAAAAAGGGAUGGAAUGGGAUUGACUGCUCUAUUCCCGACGCCGUUUGGCUUACUCAAGUGUUUAAAAUCUGGUAUUCCAAGGGCAUUAUUCGACGCCGUUCGAGGCCACGCAGAAUAAUCAGCGGACUUGUAUUCAACCACGAGCUAGACCUUCUGGAAAUCCGCGUAAAAGAGCUGGGUGAUGCUGUCGACCAUUAUCUCGUUGUCGAAUCUACUUACACCUAUUCCGGCUUGGAAAAGCCCCUCCACCUCCGCUCGAACCUCAGUGCCGGAUUUCUGCGUGAGCAUGCGCACAAGAUUGUACCGAUAUCGGUGGACUUCUACAACUACGACGGAGGCAAUCCGUGGGGUCCCGAGAACUACGUCCGCACUUCCAUCUGGUACGAAGGUCACCGUCGUCUCAAGAACAUCCGAGAUGACGACCUUUUCUUCAUUUCCGAUGCAGACGAGAUACCUAGCCGUGACGUGGUGCUUUUCCUGAAACAUCAUGACGGAUACGGCGAACCGAUAUUAUUGAGCCUGCGAUGGUUUGUGUACGGCUUCUUUUGGGAGAACAGUGUACCGGUCAAUGUCAGUGGUGUGUGCACUGUAUCCUUUUUGCGACAAGUCUAUGAGAACGACUCGCUGCGUCUCCGUUCGAUGAAGACCUUUACGAAGAACAACAUGUCGAACACGGGGACGUUCAGUGAAAUGUGGACCAUACAGGGCACAUCGCCACACUAUUCCGGGUGGCACUGUUCAUGGUGUUUUGAUGCAGAGGGUAUACAGGUCAAGCUGGCAGCAGCGCAGAGGGACGAUGGAGUGCGGUGGGGCGACAUCGCUGAGAAAACAGACCUUGGAUACAUCAACUCGCUCAGGAAGAGGGGAUAUUUCUUCGACGAGAGCGGGCCACUCGAGCGCUGUGACGCGUACGAUGCGGCUCCAGCAUACGUCCGGGAAAAUGCUGAGCGAUAUAGGUGGCUGAUGCGGCCAUAGAAUCACCGGGAAAAUAUAUUAUGUAAAUAGUGUUCUCUUCUCAAACAAAAGAAAGCUUAACAUAUGAAAUCACUGGAUAAAACAUAAAACUGGUAAUCUGUGAAAGUCCAGUAGUGAAAUUCAUAACCAGAAGUUAAAAAAAAGUUCUAGAAAAUGAGCUGCACGGGACGGAUGAAAUUCCCGACGUAAUCUGCUGUCUCUUCGGGUCCACAACAAUGCCACAGUCACUUUGUAAAAUCGGAAGGAACAUUAUACCGUAUGGAGCAAACAUAAGGCGGGGACGAAUAAAGGGAAAAUGAGACAUCCACCCGUUUGUCGCAAUAGCUACAAAGGAAACCCAUACGGGUUCCUCGAA